AGGAGCUUGAGUGGGCAUCAGAGCACAGAGUCCAUUUUAUAUGGUUCAGAAAACUAAUCGCGAUUCACAUUUCAGAAGACCACUAAGAAAGCACCCAACUGCGCACACCUGCUUCCUCUGCUGAGAAAAGGACAAUGGUCAGUUCCAGAAUGAGAGCACUUAGAGCUAUGGCGGUCACACUGGCAGUGAUGGGAACUGGCAUUUUCUUCCCUUUCAUCUUGAGAAGCAGAGAAGCCUUGUGGGGGAAGACCAUGAAGUCCCGUAUUAUCAGUGUCGUGGAAGCAAGUCAGCUCAUGGUGGACAACGCAGUCUACAGCACCAUGAAAAGAAACCUCAAGAAAAGGGAAGCCCUUUCCCCAGCCCAGCUCCUUUCUUUCUCCAAGCUGCCAGAGUCCACCAGUGGGGCUAUUUCCCGAGCAGCAGAGAUCAUGGAAACAUCAAUACAGGCCUUGAAACGUAAACAAUCACAGUUCUUCACAGAUACCCUAUCAGCAGACCUUCUGGGCACAAUUGCCAACCUGUCAGGAUGCUUGCCUUUCAUGCUGCCACCUAGAUGUCCUGAUACCUGCCUGGCAAAUAAGUACCGGCCCAUCACAGGGGCUUGCAACAACAGAGAUCACCCCAGAUGGGGAGCCUCCAACACAGCCCUAGCAAGAUGGCUGCCUCCUGUCUAUGAAGAUGGCUUCAGUCAGCCCAGAGGCUGGAACCCUGACUUCUUAUACCAUGGCUUCCCACUGCCGCCGGUACGGGAGGUGACAAGGCACCUCAUUCAAGUUUCAAAUGAGGCUGUGACAGAAGACGACCAGUACUCUGACUUCCUGACAGUGUGGGGACAGUACAUCGAUCAUGACAUUGCUCUCACACCACAGAGCACCAGCACAACAGCCUUCUGGGAAGAUGUUGACUGCCAGCUCACCUGUGAGAAUCAAAAUCCCUGCUUCCCCAUACAGCUUCCCUCAAAUUCCUCAGGGACCACUGCAUGCCUGCCUUUCUACCGCUCCUCAGCUGCCUGUGGCACCGGGGACCAGGGAGUUCUCUUUGGCAACUUGUCUGCGGCCAAUCCGAGGCAGCAGAUGAAUGGGUUGACCUCCUUCCUCGACGCGUCCACUGUGUAUGGCAGCUCCCCUGGCAUUGAGAAACAGCUGCGCAACUGGAGCAGCCCCGCAGGGCUGUUGCGAGUCAACACACGCCACCAAGACACAGGUGGCAGCUAUCUGCCCUUCGCAUCCGCUGCCUGCGCUCCAGAGCCUGGUGCCCCACGUGCCGCCCGCACACCCUGCUUCCUGGCUGGCGAUGGCCGCGCAAGUGAGGUCCCGGGCCUAGCAGCUGUGCACACCCUUUGGCUGCGAGAGCACAACCGCCUGGCUGCUGCGUUCAAGGCCAUCAACACACACUGGAGUGCGGAAACUGUCUAUCAGGAGGCUCGCAAGGUGGUGGGCGCACUGCACCAGAUCAUCACCAUGAGGGAUUAUAUCCCCAAGAUCCUUGGUCCUGAUGCCUUCAGGCAGUAUGUGGGCCCCUACAAAGGCUAUGACCCCAAUGUGAACCCUACUGUUUCCAACAUCUUCUCUACCGCUGCCUUCCGCUUUGGCCAUGCCACAGUCCAUCCUCUGGUGCGACGACUGGAUGCUGACUUCCAGGACCACACAGACCUCCCCAGGCUGCAGUUGCAUGAUGCCUUCUUCAGGCCCUGGAGGCUUAUCCAGGAAGGUGGUUUAGAUCCAAUAGUGAGAGGCCUCCUGGCAAGACCAGCCAAGCUGCAGGUACAGGAGCAGCUGAUGAAUGAGGAACUGACUGAGAAGCUCUUUGUCUUGUCUAAUUCGGGCACCUUGGAUCUGGCAUCACUAAACUUACAGAGAGGCCGUGACCAUGGCUUACCAGGCUACAAUGAAUGGAGAGAGUUCUGUGGCUUGUCACGCCUGGAAACAUCAGCUGAACUGAGCAGGGCCAUUACCAACAGAAGUGUCGUCAAUAAGAUAAUGGACUUGUACAAACAUGCGGACAAUAUUGACGUCUGGUUGGGAGGCCUGGCUGAAGACUUGCUACCGGGGGCCCGCACUGGUCCUCUGUUUGCUUGCAUUAUUGGGAAGCAGAUGAAAGCCCUGAGGGAUGGGGACAGGUUUUGGUGGGAGAACAGACAUGUCUUCACAGAUGCUCAGAGGCAGGAACUGGAAAAGCAUUCACUACCGCGGGUCAUCUGUGACAACACUGGCCUCACCAGGGUACCUGUGGAUGCCUUCCAUACUGGAAAAUUCCCCCAGGACUUUGAGUCUUGUGAAGACAUCCCUAGCAUGGACCUUGAAGUGUGGAGGGAGACCUUUCCACAAGAUGACAAAUGUGUCUUCCCAGACAAAGUGGACAAUGGAAACUUUGUGCACUGUGAAGAGUCUGGAAAGCUGGUACUGGUGUAUUUCUGUCUCCAUGGAUACAAGUUGCAUGGCCAAGAGCAGGUCACAUGCACCCAAAAUGGGUGGGACUCCGAGCCUCCUGUCUGUAAAGAUGUUAAUGAGUGUGCAGACUUGACACACCCACCUUGCCACCCCUCUGCAAAGUGCAAGAACACCAAGGGAAGCUUCCAGUGCGUGUGCACGGAUCCUUAUGUGCUAGGAGAGGAUGAGAAGACCUGCAUAGAUUCUGGCAGGCUACCUCGGGCAUCCUGGGUCUCUAUUGCACUGGGAGCACUCCUCAUUGGUGGUUUGGCCAGUCUCACCUGGACUGUAAUUUGCAGGUGGACACAUUCUGAGAGGAAAUCCACAUUGCUGAUCACGGAGGGGAAUGCAAGAGUGACCACCCAGCCAGGAUUAAAAACCAGUCAGGAGAGAGGGAUUUCACCACACAAGGCUACAGCUGAAGACACCAGACAGGUUAUGUAUGACAUAGGUUUGGCUUGAGUUUUGGACACAGAUAUCAAGUGAUGCUACCCAGCAUCUGAGAUGGGCGACUCUCAGGAAAUGCAGAAUAGAGGGUGAAGGUUGAGUAGGACCGGAGGGCUGCUCCCCAGCAUGUGACCCCAGCAUGUGACCGCAGCAUGUGACCGCAACCCUGUGAUUAUGUCUCAGGUGUACAAAAUGUUCUCACUACAUGUGUGAGGUGCCGGUUUAGUUACUUAGCUGGACAUACUUAUUCCACAAUUCCAGCACACAUGGAAACAUCCAGGCUUUCAACACAACUAUACUGGAUUAUCCUCCAAUUAAGAAUAAAACGUAGGGCCAGAGACAUGGCUCAACAGGUAAAGGUACCUGCUACCAUGCCUAAGGACCCAGUUUCGAUCCCCAGGACUCACAUGGCAGAGGGAGAGAGCCAACUCCCACACUUUUUACUUCAAAGACACCUAUCACAUGAGGAGACUUUCUGGAAUGACUGCAUCCUAAUCACUGCUGAGGCACUCCCAUCGCUUAGGGUGGGUAGAGAUACCCAAGGUUCAUUGUAAAGCUGGAUGUGGCUGAGCCUGCCUUCUGAGAAUCACCCUGCUGGAAGUGAGAGCUUUGCUCAGCUAAAUGCAAAUGGUACCUUCAAGUUUAAAUUCACAACCUCAAUGGCUUGAUUGGCACCUGAGAUAGCAGGGGCAAUGGGGACAAUGCUCACCAUGCCUU